CCGGGAGUGCAUGGGGCGGACGCGGCUCCGUGUUGCUGAGCAACUCGGGCCCGGGGAAGGAGGGCUCUCCGCGUGGCGUUUCCCCCAGCCCCUCCGCGGACGGAGGGGGCGAAGGCGGCCUGCCCAGUGGCCCUGCGGGGAUGUAACCAGUGAGCGGCGGAUGGGAGGACGCCUCCUGCAGGAGCGCCUCUCUUCGGCCCUGUGGGCGUGAAUGGCUCGUCCCCACCCCCAGAGGGGCUUGCUCCUUUGACAAGCGAGGUACCCCGUGGCACUUCUUGUGGAGAACCCAAAGAAGUUGUAUGGCUCACAUCUGACAACAUGUACCACCGGUGGCUGCUGUUAGCUGCAUGCUUUUGGGUAAUAUUCAUGUUCAUGGUUGCUAGCAAGUUCAUCACAUUGACCUUCAAAGAUCCUGAUGUUUAUGGUGCCAAGCAAGAACCAUUAAUAUUGACAGCUAUAACAGAAGUAGAAAAAAUUCAACUGACAAAAAAGAAGUUAUCUGGAGAAUUUCAGACAAUAGGAAGAGGUCUAUCUGAAGACCUUGUACAUCAACCUCUGGUCCAUAUGGAAAGGCUUGAACUUCUCAGGAAUGUGUGCCAAGUAGCAUCACUGAAAAACCUCACCCACACUACUGUUUCAAAAUUUGUUUUGGACCGAAUAUUUGUAUGCGACAAGCACAAGAUCCUCUUCUGUCAAACUCCAAAAGUUGGCAAUACUCAGUGGAAGAAAGUCUUGAUUGUUUUAAAUGGAGCUUUUUCUUCCAUAGAGGAAAUCCCAGAGAACAUUGUUCAUGACCAUGAGAAGAAUGGCUUGCCACGCUUAUCUUCUUUCAGUGACUCUGAAAUUCAAAAACGACUGAAAUUAUACUUCAAGUUCUUUAUUGUGAGAGAUCCAUUUGAGAGGCUUAUUUCUGCAUUUAAGGAUAAGUUUGUCCACAAUCCUCGAUUUGAACCUUGGUACAGGCAUGACAUUGCUCCUGGCAUCAUUCGAAAAUAUAGAAAGAAUCGCACUGAGACCAGGGGGCUGCAGUUUGAAGACUUUGUGCGCUACUUGGGUGAUCCAAAUCAUCGAUGGCUAGAUAUACAAUUUGGAGACCACAUAAUUCAUUGGGUAACUUAUGUGGAACUCUGUGCCCCCUGUGAAAUAACAUACAGUGUAAUUGGACAUCAUGAAACACUGGAAGAAGAUGCACCAUACAUCUUGAAAGAAGCGGGAAUAGACCACCUGGUGUCUUAUCCCACAAUUCCACCUGGCAUAACCAUAUACAACAAAACCAAGGUGGAGCGCUAUUUCUCAGGAAUUAGCAAAAGAGACAUACGACGUCUUUAUGCCCGGUUUGAAGGAGAUUUUAAUCUUUUUGGCUACCAAGAGCCAGAUUUCUUACUAAAGUGACACCUGGAAGUUAUAGAAAAUAGAUGAAAUUAAGGUGUACAAAUAUUCUUCUGUGUAACUGAGACUUAUGGGACUUGUACCUUUUCUAGGUUUCAGAAAUGGUUCCCUAGAACUGUUGAACAUUUUCUAUAGGAGCAACUAGUGAUUGCAUAUUGUUCGCUACUGAAAAUAGUUUUAAUAUAUGGCACUGCAAUACAUUAUGAGUAAAACCUAUUAAGAUAGAGCAUAUCAAACAUUCAUCUUUCCCUUUCUGAUAGAUGAUGGACCAAUAAUCUAUAAAUGAACUUGAAACUGAAUGCAUAAUAAAGAACGUAUAGAAAGGGUGGCAACUUUCUCUAGUGAGAUAAGGACCUGAAUGUGAAUUCAACACAGGACCAAAAAUUGGUAAGUAUGCUAUAGCUAAGGAGAGGACUUCCAGAUUCUAGCAUAGACUCAUUCGGAAGGCCUUUUUCUUGGUUAUUUUGCCAUAACCUUGUGAUAGUUACUGCUAUUCAUUCAGGCCAUAAAGGUGUGCAUUUUAACUGAUAACCUUUGAAUUCAUAGGAGAUCAAAAAUCUGAUAGUGAAGUUGUAGGUUUCACUUUUAAAAAGAGACUGUUGGACAAAUGUGAUUAUUUCUUGUACUUGAUUGAGUGAGCUGAGACACUACUAUCUACUGUGCAUUUUACCAGAUGUUGGUAUACCUGUGCAUUUUUCCAUAGGCUGUAUUUUUUUCCCCCAGUGGUGCUGGCUAUCCUAUUGACCAGGCAAGUCAUGAAACAAUAUGAGUUUAAGAGUUGCCAUAAUAAAUUUUAUCAGCAUUCUAUUUAAAUUUGUCAUGGGACUGAUUUUUAAUCAUAGAAAUACCCAUGCAUGCAGUGAAGCCGUUGGACCCCAUUCAUAUCUCCACUGCACAUGAAGCACUAACGUGUGAGGCAAGAUAUAUGCGUGAUCCUUGUGAUUCUUCCAUUGUAAAAAGAGGUUGAAAGAUGGCAAGAUGCAUGUGCCUUUGGAUACAUGCAUGUAUGUCCCAUGCACAGUGACAGAUAUGGGAACCCCUGCCUGACAGCAUGCAUGGUAUUUUGUGACUGAAUAAGGUCCUUGCAAUGGGAGGAAACUGUUGGUAUGGUUCUUCUCAGCUUUUAUACUUGAGGUUUUUUCCAUUCUCCCAUGAUGUGAUUGUUUGUCAUAUAAAAUCACCAAUGAAUAAAUGACCGGUUCUCCAGGAGUUCAAAGAGAUGUUGUGUCUAUAUGUAUACAUUUCCUAAAGUUUAAUAGCACAUUUUGGAUGCCCAGAACAAUAAUAUAAUUCAUGCUUGUGAUAUUUUUGUUGGAUAUGGAACUUUUUUUUUAGUUCACCAGCAAUAAAAAGUUCUUGCUUGAUCACCUUUGCUCCGCUAUGGCACCAGGAGUAAGGAAUGAUGACAUAUCACUAUUAGUAGGUCAAAAGUUGGCU